UUAUAAAGCUCUCCCUUCCGUUUAAUUUCAGCAGAGGUUGGAGGGUCUCUGAGUUCAAGGACAGCCUGGUCUACAAGUUUCCUGCCUCAAGAUUCUCCUCAGCAAAGGCCUUGGGCUGGGCAUCGUGGCUGGGUCACUCCUGGAAAAGCUGCCCCCAGAUCUUUAAAAUUUUGGGAGCCAAGAGUGCCGAAGGACUGAGUCUCCAGUCAGUGAUGCUAGAGCUCAUGAUGUUGACUGGAACUGUGGUCUACAGCAUCACCACCAACUUCCCCUUCAGCUCUUGGGGUGAAGCACUGUUCCUGACACUCCAGACAAUUGCCAUCUGCUUCCUGGUCAUGCACUACAGAGGAGAGACCGUCAAAGGCAUUGCUUUCCUUGCCUGCUAUGCGAUGCUCCUGCUGGCGCUGCUCUCCCCACUCACGCCUCUGGCUGUAGUCACCCUGCUCCAGGCCUCCAAUGUGCCUGCAGUGGUGGUGGGGAAGUUGCUUCAGGCAGCCACCAACUACCAUAAUGGGCGCACGGGCCAGCUUUCCGCUAUCACAGUGUUUAUGCUGUUUGGGGGCUCUUUGGCCCGAAUCUUCUCUUCUGUUCAGGAAACUGGAGACCCCCUCAUGGCUGGAGUCUUUGUGGUCUCUUCCCUCUGCAAUGGCCUCAUUGCUGCCCAGGUUCUCUUCUACUGGAAUGCAAAGCCUCCCCACAAACAGAAAAAGGAGCAGUAGUGCUGGGGCAGCUUCCAGAACCAUUCCAUUCGGCCACUACCUUCAGGUCCCCCCACAUGACCUGGUCUGCUGGUACGGCUUAAUCAUCCUCCAUUCCACUCUAACUGAGCCUCCUGAGCCAGGGUUCGCGUAAACAGCACGCACUCGUUUCAGCAGGGACUGAGGCUGCCUUUAUAAGCAGCUGUCUUCUUAUUGGAGCCUUGUCCACUUACCUUCCUU